AUGCAUAUAUCUCGGGCCAAAGUCGAAAAUAUCAUUUGUCUAUCCAUUAACGCUGUCAAUGUCGUUGUCUAUGUGCUGGUGUUCUCAGCAGCCAUUGCCAAGGCAACAGAGGGUACGCUUGGCGAGAUUAUUAUGAGCGUUUAUGGCAUCAUCAUGAGCAUCUUGCUCAUUGCGAACGAGAUCAAGACGUUCACUGUUGCACAAGCCUAUUUCGGAUUCCUGGGCUUUCAUGCAGGUCGUGGAUUAUUGUUUUGCUUCUUAGGAUGUCUUGUUAUGAACCCUACACCAUUCAAUGUCAUUGUCAGUAUUAUCACAUGCACCGUUGGAUUGGGCUAUCUCAUUCUCUCGUUUCUACCACAAAUGCCACCACCCAAUGCCUUUUGCGUUCAUUGGCAACAUCAUCAAGACUUUUGGGCCGAAGGAUUGGAUUUACCUCCUCCUCCAUCAGCAGCCCCGCCUAUGACAAACACGAUAAUAGUGACUCCACCUCAUCCAUCUACUUGGCAUCCCAAAGUCAGAUACUAG